UUUUGUUGCUGUUUUUAUUUAUCACUUACCAUUCUAUUUCGUAUGUUAAACUUUUCAUCACCAUAAACUUUAAAGAUGAGAAUCACUGCUGAUAUUCUAGACGAUGAUACUUUCGUUCCUGUUAUAAAUUUAGAGAAAAGUAUUCAGUCACAAGACAGUGAAGAAGAAAAUUCAUCUCCUAUAAAACAUAAAAGUCAAGAUGAUGAACAUAUACCUAAAAUUCACUCAAAUCUUCAAGUGCAUAUCAUCCCAAAGAUAGCAAAAAUACAGCAUUAUCAUAAUGUGAAUGAAAUUACACAGCAAUUUGAAAACCUGCAUGUGUCUGAAAUUUCAUCGUCAAUUCAACGCAAAUUUCCAUCUACUGCAUUUAAAUUAAUAACUAAAGAUAUGGAGAAAUCUGAAAAUUCUGAUGUGGAUCCUGCACCAGCAUGGUUGAUGCAGUAUUUGUCAAAGAUGAAAGCUGAAAUAAAGAAAGAAAUAGUUGAAGAAAUUCUUAAUGUAUCACAUGAUCUAUCAAGUCAGCAGUCAACAUCUUCUCUCAAAACAGAAGAAGAAAGUGCAGAUUUCCAAAGAGAAGUAAUUCAUCAUGGAAUCUUUUGUGACAAUUGCGAUCAAUUGAUUCAUGGCAUUCGUUAUAAAUGUGGCAACUGCUCUGAUUUUGACUUGUGCCAGGAGUGUGAAAGCUUACCAAAUAUCCACAACAAAAAUCAUGUAUUUCUGAAAAUCCGUUAUCCAGUUGCAUUCAAGUUGUACCAGAAACAAAAAUUGGAACAGUUGGUUUCAUCUGUACCGGGUGAAAUAUACACAAUAAGCUCAAAGAAUCGCCAAGCUCGAAUGUUGUAUGAUGCUAAGUUUUUGAGUGAUGAAAAGGUGUCUGAUGGUACAGUUUUAGCUCCCUCUACACGUUUUAUUAAAAUUUGGAAGGUUCAGAAUGCUGGUACUCGUGCAUGGACUGACGCAACUAAAGAAAUUGAGAAUCAAAGAAAUGAAGUGGCCAGCAUUGAACAGGUUUUAACUGCAGUGAAAGAGGAGCAUGACAAAGGAAAUAUUGUUCCAAGGAAGCUUGCUGUUAGUUCUUAUACAGCAACACCUAAUAAUACACCAUUUGAUUUGACGCCUCCCAAAUCUCCUGAUCAUCAUGAAAUUGCUAAAGAAAUACAAGGGAUUGCUGUGGAUGAUGGGGCGUCACGUUCAAAGAACAAUGAUUCUGAUGAUGAGUGUGGCAGUUUUCAAGUGUUUUGCAGUAUUUCAAGCGUGAGCAGUGUAGAUUCAGACACUGAAUUUGUUGUCAUUCCAAUGCCAAAAUGUUUCAAUUUAUCAGAAUCUUUUGUUUCCAACCAUAUGCCACACUUGGACCGAUUUUUGCGAUCUAAUACAGAUAAUAAAACAGAAGUAAAAGAUGAUGGCAAACUUGUGUCAGAAGGUAGUUCUUCAAAGGAAACUUAUAGACAUCCUGCAUGUGUUACAGAAACAGUUUCUCAAGAGACCGGGGUACCUGAAUUACCCGAACAACUUGAAAAGGAUCUAAGACGUAGCUCUUUGAAAGACAAUAAAAAAGAAGAAAAUACUUUCUCUAAUGUUGUAACAGAUGGAUCUUCCUCUGAAGUCAGUAUAAUAGAAAGUGAGGGCAAUAGCCCAACUGUUGAAAAUAUGCCAACCAUUGAUUCAAUAAGCAUAGCAUAUCCUGUACCUGAAGUUUUCAAAGACGAAGUUAUACCAAAGGAAAAUGUGCUUGUUGAAAGCUGCAAUGAAGAACAGUCCUCAGAAGCUCUUGGAAGUGCUACUUUUCCUAAAUUUCCCGUUGAAGGCAUUACCAGUGCAUAUGAACCUUUACCACCAAAUCAUAACUAUGAGGAAAGGACUAUACAAGUGUUACCUGAAGGACUAGUCACAGGUGCCCUCAGUGCUGCUGCAUCUGUGUACAAUACAGCUUGUGCUGUGAUAUCUACAAUUCAGCAACCUAGGAAUGAAAGGGGAUUAUCUCGGGAUCCACCUGUUCUAUCUAGCAAUGAGACUGCCAGGCAUAUUACAGUUGAAAAUCCUAUGGAUCAAUUAGUAGAGAUGGGAUUUUGCAAUAGACACCAGAAUGAACAAUUACUAAGAAAGCACAAGGGAGAUGUUGCAUUGGCUGUCGCUGAACUUGUUAGUUUAAAUGAUAAUGAUUGGUAUGCAUCACGUCAUGUUCCCCCAUCACCACCUGAUCUCUUCGACUAAUUUGCAUAUCAAAGAAUACUUUUUAUUGGAUGCUACUUCUGUUAUUUUUUGGUUAGUGCAUUUACUAUAAACAAAAAUUUCAAAUGAAGGUUUAUGCAUUAAAAUUUGAAAAUUUUCUUUUGUUGCAUUAAAUAUUCUUGAUGUAAUAGUUAUUGUAGCAAUGAUAUGUAUAAUUCUUAUUUUACUGUAAAUAUUCAAUGUUUUAUUAAAAGUGACAGAAUUAAAUGUA